AACACGGAAGUUUUAGGACCGUCACGACUCGCUGUAUCACUGCCCACAUGGGUUGUGCGGUAGAUUGGCGUCCCUGUUUCGCUUUCCCCGAUAAAGCUGCGCAAAACUGAGCCGAAAUUACGCAAGUACAUCAAUCCGUUCAAGGCACAGUUAGCGUUCGGGACUUCGAGGAAAAACCGGAGUCCGACCCUGAUGGCGUCCGCUGCCGGACCGACGUACCCGCGGGCGGGAGCCGGUGGGCUCGCGGAGAGCGACAGCGCGGAGAAGCUGGACUCCUCCACUGUCAACCGCGUCCUGAUGGAGUUCCUGUCGUACUUCGGCCGAGCCGUCUUCGUCUUCUACCCCGUGUAUCUGACCGGAUACCUGGGCCUCAGUAUCAGCUGGGUGCUCCUCUGCAUGGUGAUGGCCACUUGGUGGAAGAAGAAUCGCCAGGUGAAAGACGCCCGGAUCGGAACCGCCAUCAACUUUGUGGACAACGAGACCCAGGAGGUGAACCGGGAGCUGCAAAGUGGCUUGCAGAUGGCAACGUGGGUCCACUUUCCUGAGGUGGAAAAAGUUGACUGGGUUAACAAGGUGUUGGAGCAGGCCUGGCCUUUCUUUGGGAUGUACAUGGAGAAGCUCCUCAAGGAGAACAUCCAGCCGGCCAUCAGGCUCUCCAGCCCCGCGCUCAAGAUGUUCACUUUCACCAAGGUCCACUUUGGCCACGUACCUCUCCGGAUCACUGGGAUGAAGGCAUACACGGAUGAAGUGGAUCAGAGGGAGGUGGUGCUGGACCUGAAUAUAUGUUACGAAGGUGACGUGGACAUCGACGCUGAAGUGAAGCCGCCAAUCACAGCCGGCGUCAAGGGACUUAAACUCCAGGGGAUGAUGAGGGUCAUUUUGGAGCCUCUUAUUGGUGAAGCGCCACUGGUGGGAGGAGUCACCUUUUUUUUCAUGCGCCGCCCCACCCUACAAAUCAACUGGACCGGCAUGACCAACCUCUUGGACAGCCCUGCCUUCAGCUCGCUGUCUGAAGAGACCAUCAUGGACAUCAUUGCCUCGCUCAUGGUGUUGCCCAACCGCAUGUGCGUGCCCCUCGUAGACCAGGUCAAAGUGGACCAGAUGAGGUUCCCAUUACCUCGGGGUGUGGUGAGGGUCCACCUGCUGGAGGCUAGAGACCUGUUGGCGAAGGACACAUUCAUGAUGGGUUUAGUGAAGGGCAAAUCAGACCCCUAUGCGACGCUCAGGGUGGGCAACCGACAUUUCAAGAGCAAGAUCGUCAAAGAGAAUUUGCACCCCAAGUGGAACGAAGUGUAUGAGUUCGUGGUCCAUGAAGCCCCGGGGCAAGAGCUGGAGGUGGAACUCUACGACGACGACACGGAUAAAGACGACUUUCUUGGAUCGUAUCACCUUGAUUUGGGAAGAGUAAAAAAGGAUAUAGAAAUGGAUCAGUGGUUUCCUCUGGAAGACGUCCAGAAUGGAGAGGUCCGUCUCAAGCUCCAGUGGUUUUCCCUCAAGACUGACCCCAGCCUGCUGAGGGAGUCUGCAGACGGCCUUGCUUGUGCUAUGCUCGCAGUCUAUCUGGACAAUGCCUCAAACCUACCAAAAGACCACAACGAGAUCACCGAGCAUCAGAAACAGGGGAAGCACUCAAAGGAAGCUCGGCUCACUAAAAGGAAAACUGCCUGCCCGGACUCCUUUGUGGAAUUGACUGUUGAUAAAGAUGUUCAGAAAAGCAAGGUUGUUUUUGCAUCCAAAGACCCGGUGUGGGAGCAGGGCUUCACCUUCUUUGUGCAUAACAUCAAAACGCAGCAGCUCACAGUUCAGGUCAAAGUGAAUGAGAAGAAGACUCAGCUCGGUGUUUUCAACUUGCCCUUGAGUCGCCUCAUCAACACCUCCGACAUGACCCUGGACCAGCGCUUCCAGCUGGAGCGCUCCGGAGCGAACAGCCAGAUCAAGCUGAAAGCCACUCUCAGGAUUCUUACUCUGGAAAAGCCUCCGCCCAUGAUUAUCCUCGAACCUCCUCCACAAAACAAGCAACAAAGACCGCAGACUAACCAAGGAAGCAACGCCCCUGUAUCCACUCCCUCCGCCAAUACAGCCUCGUCUCCGGCACUUUCCCCCAGCACCAGCCCCGCUGCCCGCGCCUCGUCUGCGCCGUGGCUAGCUGAUAACCAGAAUGGCUCUGAUGAAACCUGGCAGCCAUCUUCUUCCCUGUCAAACAUGAGUCAGUUAGAUUCCCACAGCCUGCUGUCCAAGAACUCCAUCGCUUCGUCCCGUCUCGACCUUUCGGAGGGGGCCUCUUUUCCAGAGGCCAUUAUGAAUCAUCAGGGUUCCUUUGGGGAGAUCCAGCUGACUGUACGCUAUGCCACCCUGAGGCACAAACUCAUCGUCCUGGUUAAAUCCUGCAGGAACCUAUUCCGCUUCAGUGACAAUGGCACAGACUCUUAUGUCCGCCUGUAUUUUCUCCCUGACCAAACCUGGAUACAUCGCAAGAGGACACAUGUCAAGAAGAGGACAGUCAAUCCUGUCUUCGAUCACACGUUUGAAUUUAACGUGUCGCUUCAAGAAGCACAAACCAGGAUGUUGGAUGUGUCAGUGAAAAAUGGAAAAAUGUUCCAUUCACGGGAGAGAAAGGACAUUGGCAUGGUGAUGAUAGAUCUUUCACAGUUGGAUAUAGUCAAAGGCAUCACAGAAUGGUAUGAGCUCACACUGCCUGGGCUGAAGAAGUAGAGCUGAAAAACUCCUGUUUACAGUUUUAAGAGCAGCUCCUCAGCCACUGCAAGGCCAAAAGUAGGCCUGGUAUAUGUUGGGAGGGUUGCAUAUUCCUUUGUUCUUCCUUACCAUUGUGGAACAGAGUUGGGUUCUCCAAAUGCAGCACAUUGUACUGUAUGUCAAAGGCUGUACGCUCACAGGUAAUAUUCCACUUGGAGUGGUUAAGUGCAUCUAAUCCCACUUAUCCACUCUGAUAUAAAUAUAUAAAAAAUCUGUUCUAAAUGAUCUGGAGCAGAGCAGACGUAUAACUGCAGAUACGACUUUUAAACAUGCUUUGGUAUUCCAGAUAAUUUUAGCAUUAGCAGGGUUCCAAUUUUCCAGCCAGUUUAUUGCAGUUAAUUUGAGUUGACGAGCAGAAAUCAAUGGUCCUGAAUAAUGAGGCUAUUUGCUAUUUAGCAUUUCCCUUUCAUUGUAUGUAAAUAGAAUGUAAUUCACCAGAACAUGUUGGUAUUUAUACUCUAUCAAGAAACAAGAUCAUUUCUUUAAUUCAGAUAUUUUUUUUUGUGGGAGGGUUUUUUUUUUUUGUUGAUCUGAGCCAAAGUUAUCCUUUUGUAUUUAAGUGUAAAUACUUGAAUUGAUAGUUUUAUGUAAUAUUUUAUAGUAUAAGCUGCAGCAAUUCAGGAGAGUCAUUGCAUAUUGAGGAAGGCUUACACGCUUUACAUAUACUGUACAUAUUCACAGCUGGAAGAAGCCAAAUACAACUAGAGUUUUGCGUGGGGCAGCUUAGCAGUUCUACUGAAGCAGUCGGUUCAUUAGAAGGGAAACUGCCUCCAAGCAUGGCACAUGAGAAAUAGUUAUUUGCUCAAGGGCACCUUGAGCAUAGUUACUGGAGUAUGUCUUUUACACCUAACCCUCAGAUUUACCACCUGGUGUUUUAGUGAUAUUUAACCUUUAUAUUUAAAAGUACUGUUACACUCACAAACAAACUUUAAAAGAGAGUACUAACAGCUUUCUGCAUUUAUUUAGAAUUUAACUUAAAAACACAUGCUAAUUCAUCAAGACAUAGUCAAAUUACCCUUGAAGUUGUUACAACUACCAUCCCAAUACAUUUUGUAGGCAUAUAUCUUGACUGUCAUAGACCAUAAUUUGGUCUUGACUCGUGGUUCAUCUGUUGUCCAUUUAAAUUCUUCAGGAGCUGGAGAAUUUAUGAAAAGUGUCCAGGGUCUGGUGUUUUUGAAUUGACACUGUGACUGUGCCAUUUGUUUUCAGCUAGCAUUUUAAGGCAAAUAAACAUCUUCCAAGAAAAUUAUUGUUUUGUUUUUUUUUCCACUUAAAGCUCAUUUCCGGGUUUUAGGGCUCAUCCCAGAAACUCUCUAUAAGUGUGAAUGUGACAAGUUGUCUCAUAACAUACCAGUACAUACACUCUACAUGAGCCCGAGGGAAGGCAUGCUUCACCUCCGCAGAGGUCUAUCACAGGAUUCGUGGGUAUACGAGCCAAACACGAUACAAUUUGUAAAAUACGUGUUUUUAUUCUAAACGUGUUUUUAUUCUAAUAUAUAUUUAUAUACUCUGACA